GCGGCCAUCCUUGUUCAGGGCGGCGCUUCCGCCGGCAAGCGGGCCGGGAUCCGCAGUGGUCUGCGGGCGAUGGAGCGGCUGGCGGGCUGUCGUCUUGGGCCAUGGAUGCUGCUAUUGCUCCUGCUCCGGGUGCAAGCCCGCCAGAAGGAGUCAGGCUCAAAAUGGAAAGUAUUUAUUGACCAAAUUAACAGGGCUUUGGAGAAUUAUGAACCAUGUACAAGUCAAAACUGCAGCUGCUAUCACGGGGUCAUCCAAGAGGACCUGACUCCUUUCCGCGGUGGCAUCUCCAGGAGGAUGAUGGCUGAGGUGGUCAGGCGGAAGCUAGGGACCCACUACCAGGUCAUUAAGCACAGAUUAUUUCGGGAAGAUGACUGCAUGUUUCCCUCCAGGUGUAGUGGUGUCGAACACUUUCUUCUGGCAGUGAUUCGGCGUCUCCCGGACAUGGAAAUGGUCAUCAAUGUACGAGAUUAUCCUCAGGUUCCUAAGUGGAUGGAGCCUACCAUCCCUGUCUUCUCCUUCAGUAAGACAUCGGAGUACCAUGAUAUCAUGUAUCCUGCAUGGACAUUUUGGGAAGGGGGCCCUGCUGUGUGGCCACUUUAUCCUACUGGUCUUGGACGGUGGGACCUCUUCAGAGAAGAUCUGCUAAGGUCGGCAGCACAGUGGCCAUGGGAAAAGAAAAAUUCUACAGCAUAUUUCCGAGGAUCAAGGACAAGCCCAGAAAGAGAUCCUCUCAUUCUUCUGUCUCGGAAAAAUCCCAAACUUGUUGAUGCAGAAUACACCAAAAACCAGGCCUGGAAGUCUAUGAAAGAUACCUUGGGAAAGCCAGCUGCUAAGGAUGUUCACCUGGUGGAUCACUGCAAAUACAAGUAUCUGUUUAAUUUCCGAGGUGUAGCUGCAAGUUUCCGGUUCAAACAUCUCUUCUUGUGUGGUUCGCUGGUCUUCCAUGUUGGUGAUGAGUGGGUUGAAUUCUUCUACCCACAGUUAAAGCCAUGGGUUCACUACAUCCCAGUCAAAACAGACCUCUCCAAUGUCCAGGAGCUGUUGGAAUUUGUAAAAGCAAAUGAUGAUAUUGCUCAGGAAAUUGCUAAAAGGGGAAGCAGGUUCAUCAUCCACCAUUUGCAGAUGGACGACAUCACCUGUUACUGGGAGAACCUCUUGACUGAAUACUCCAAGUUCUUGUCCUAUAAUGUAACACGAAGGAAAGAGUAUGGUCAGAUCAUUCCCAGACUUCUGAAAACGGAACUGUAGUCGUUAUCAGAGGACCGGAGUCCUGACAGUGGCUCUGUGACGUCCUGUGGUGACAUGUGUACCAUGAGCGUGACACCUAGACUUUGAACACCUUUGGCCAAGCCAGACUUCUAGUUUUCCUUAUCAUGUUGUAUCCGAAGGGGGUAGCAAGAACGAUCUAAAAUGUGUGUGAUGAGCAGCUCUCCGAAAUCAUGAAAGACGGAUUGGGAACUGCAUUCUAACUUCCAUUUUUCUCAUGACCAAUCACAGCCUGUGCCUCAGGUCAUCUCCAUGUAUCAUCACUGUGAAACUGACUGGCCCCGUGUGAAGAUGCCCUUUGUCCUGUUAUUUGGAGCAGACCAUCCCUCGUUUGGUAUAAUUCAUAUUUGCGACUUUGAAGUUA